AUGAAUAAUGAAGGAUUUACUUGGAACUGGGAAGAGUUCUGCGAGACAGGCUUAAAUAUCACAUCAAAUAUAAGUUCCAUAGCGCCAUGUUUUCAACAAAUUCAUAUUCAACUACCAACAUACGCUUGGCUUUCAAUUUUCUCAGCUUUUCAUUAUGGGAAAUUAUCAACAGAAAUGUACAGGAACAGAACUCAAAUGAUUUGUCUAAAUUUAAGAGCAUUAAUUGCUCUUGCUUUAGCUGUGGUUCCAGUAAUUCAAAUUUUAAAUAGCAUGGACAAAGUCAAAAUCUGGCCUGUUGAUAUUUUACUGACGUGUGUACAGUUUCUAGCUUGGACUGUUCACUUUGCUUUGAUAACUGGUUACAAGAAAUAUGGAAAUUUAAGUCAUCGUGGACCUUUAAUUCUUCUCGUUUUAUGGUCGGGAUCGUUGUCGCUAUCAAUUCUUUGGUUUCAAACGAGUUUGAACUUUUACUAUUGGCCUUAUAGUUUAUCAAGCAUGAUCUUAAAUAUUCUUUAUGGUUUCACAUUGAUAAUGAAUGGAAAAUCAGAAAGAAUAAUUAAUGAAGCUGAAAGAGAACGCGAUGUUCAUAUCAACACUUAUCAUCGUUUGUCAGUUGACGGCGGUGAAGAAGCUUGGAUUCUUGGAUCUGCUUACGAUGGCUUUAACUUCUUCAGUAAACUUAAUUUUCAUUGGGUGAAUCCACUCAUUAAGAAAGGUGUUCUUGGAAAGUUAAGAAGAAAUGAAGAUUUGUUCGACUUGCCAGAAUUUUUAAACAUAAAAAAACUCUUCGAGAAACUGAAAAGAAGUCUCGAUGUCAGUAAAUCAUUAUUCAAAGCUCUUCAUCGAUCUUUCGGAGUUGAAUUUUAUUCAAUAGGAAUUUUAAGACUGUUAUCAGAUAUCUCAAACUUUGCUGGUCCUCUGUUACUUGGUGGUUUGUUACGUGUUGGAACUGAUGAUGGGACUGAAAAUGAUGACAAUGGAAAGGCUUAUUAUUAUGCUGCUGGAUUAUUCUUCACAACAUUGCUCUCGGCAAUCGCUGGUGUUCACUUCAAUUGGAAGAUUUCAAUGGUUUCAAUGAAAAUGAGAAGUGCUUUGGUCUCCACAAUUUAUAUGAAAGGAUUGGAAGCAAAAGGACUUCACGAAGCAAAGCCAGAAAUUCUCAACUUGAUGUCAACUGACACAGAUCGGAUCGUCAAUUCUUGUAUUUCCUUUCACAGCUUUUGGAGUAUUCCAUUUCAAUUAUUCACGACACUUUACCUUCUUUACACUCAACUUGGUGUUGGCUUCGUUUCUGGUGUGAUUUUUGCUGUUCUUCUGAUUCCAAUCAAUCGAUAUAUCGCUCAAAAGAUAGGAAAACUGUCAGCACAUCUCAUGACUGCAAAAGACAAACGAGUUCAAUUAACAACUGAAGCAUUAACAGGCGCCAAACAAAUUAAAAUGCAAUCGCUUGAAGAUUUAUUCACUGAAAAGAUUGAAGAUUUGAGACAAAAUGAACUCGUUUUCUUAUCAAAGAGAAAAUAUCUCGACGCAUGGUGCGUUUACUUUUGGGCAACAACACCAGUCUUGAUGUGUCUUCUAACAUUCGGUGGAUUAGUUUUAAUGGGUCAACAAUUAACAGCGUCAACAACUUACACUUCAGUUGCACUUUUGAAUCUUCUUAUUGGACCUUUGAAUUCCUUCCCGUGGAUUCUCAAUGGCUUAAUGGAGGCUUAUGUGUCAUUGAAACGUGUCCAAGAGUUAAUCAAUCUUGAUGACAUAAAUUUGUCAGCUUAUUAUUCUCCAGUUUUAUCAAACUUCACGUCAAAAUCAAGCGAAAGUCCAAUUGUUUUAUCCGUCAAAAAUGGUUCAUUUCGAUUUGAUCAAGAUCGUGAUAAAACAUCGGAAAAUUUAACAGUUGAAGAUUUCAAACUGGAAAAUGUUAACAUCGAAGUUCAUAGCGGAGAUUUAGUUUGCAUUGAAGGUUCAGUUGGAGGUGGAAAAACAGCUUUACUAAAUGCAUUGCUCGGCAACAUGAAAAGAACGCAAGGAGUUGUUGCAUUGAAUGAUAAGAAUUCUGGUUUCGCGUAUGUUUCUCAAGUUCCAUGGCUUCAACGUGGAACAAUUCGGGAGAAUAUUUGUUGGGGCGCAAUUUAUGAUGAGUCGCGUUAUCAUUCGAUCAUUAAUUGUUGUGCUUUACGUGAAGAAAUUGAAAAGCUUGGUGGCGAUCAUGUUGGAAUUGGCGAAAAUGGAAAAACACUUUCCGGUGGUCAAAAAUUGAGAUGCACACUUGCUCGAGCUUUGUAUCAAGACAAGAAAAUUUACAUUCUUGAUGACUUCUUGUCAGCACUAGACGCUCAUGUUGCUGCUUACAUCGUCAAACAUUGCAUCUUUGGAUUGUUAUCGAAGAAGACGCGAAUCAUUGUGAGUCAGAAUAAAAGUUUGUUGGAUCGUGCGAGUCAAAUCAUUCACGUUGAAAAUGGAAUUGUUUCGUGUCUUGAUUUGAUAAAUGAUGACGAUGAUUACUACACAGAUGACGAAAUGGAUCAAAUGAAUUAUUCAUCGGUAUUACGACAAACACCCACGCAACUUGAUUGUGAUAAUCGAUCGAUUGACAGUUGUUUGAUGGAUGAAGGGAAGAAACAAGGAAAUUUAUCGUCGAACGUUGUUGGAUGUUACUGGAAAUCCAUGGGAAGAUUCCUCGGAUUUGUCGUUCUUCUCAGUGUUCUUUUGAUGCAAGCUUCAAGAAAUUUAACUGACGGUUGGUUGGCUCAUUGGGUCAGUGUCAGUGAUGGAAAUCACACAAACAAGACAAAUUCAGUUUACCUUCAAACUUUCACAACUUUUGCUGUCACUAAUUCAUUCAUCACACUUAUUCGAUCAUUUCUUUUCGCUUAUGCUGGCAUCAAAGCAGCGAAAUCAAUUCACGAACGUCUUUUGAUGAAAGUUUUUCAAACCAAACUUCAAUUCUUUGAUGUCGUUCCGUUAGGACGAAUUUUGAAUCGAUUUUCAUCUGACACAUACACAAUUGACGAUUCACUUCCAUUCAUUCUCAAUAUUCUUCUGGCACAAGUUUUCGGACUUCUCGGUUCGAUCUGUGUGAGUUUAUACGCUUUGCCAUGGCUUGGACUUAUUAUAGCGCCACUUUGUCCGAUUUAUCUUGACAUUCAAUCAAAGUAUCGAAAUUCAUCGCGGGAUAUUAAACGAUUGAGUUCGAAUGCGUUGUCACCACUUUACAUUCAUUUCACUGAGACAUUGCAAGGGCUGACAACGAUUCGUGCAAUGCGAGCAACAAGAAGAUUUCAACAAGAUUUCACGGUGAAACUUGAAGAGAGCAUACGAGCUCAAGUCACUGCUUCAGCUGCUUCUUGUUGGCUUCAAAUCCGACUUCAACUUCUUGGCGCUGUUGUCGUUGGUGGUGCUGGUGUUUUAACUGCAAUGACUUCAGCACAUACAACAUCGCCUGGAAUGGUUGGAUUAGCGAUUUCUUAUGCACUUUCGAUCAGUGGUUUGCUCAGCGGCGUUCUCAGCGCAUUCUCAGAGACCGAACAAGAAAUGAUUGCGGUUGAACGUGUUAGCGAAUACUUAAAGUUACCAGAAGAACCAAAUGCUGAUGGAUCGUCAGAUCCACCAUUCUCAUGGCCACAUCAAGGUGUCAUUAAAUUUAAAAAUGUUUUCAUGAGCUAUCGCGAGCAUUUGAUACCAGCAUUGAAUGGAAUUUCAUUCGAAACGUCAUCAUAUGAACGUGUGGGAAUUGUUGGACGAACAGGAGCUGGAAAGAGUUCAAUCAUAAAUGCAUUGUUGAGAGUGUCUGAUGCAACUCGUGGUGAAAUUGUUAUCGACAAUGUCAACAUUGACACUUUGCCAUUGAGUGUGUUGAGAAAUCGAAUUGCAAUUGUUCCACAAGAGCCAUUUCUAUUCUCGGGAUCAGUUCGAGAUAAUUUAGAUCCCCGAUCACUGCAUCUUGAUUCAGAGAUUUGGAAUGCCAUAACACAUUGUUUGACAUCACCGCUUGUGAGUUCUCUUGGUGGACUUUCAGGUCGAAUUGAAUCUGGCGGAUCAAACUUAUCCUCGGGUCAAAAACAGUUGCUGUGCCUUACAAGAGCUUUAUUGAAAAGUGCCAAAAUUGUUUUAAUCGACGAAGGAACGUCAAACUUGGAUAAUGAAUCGGAACUAGCUAUUCAAAUCGCUCUUCGGAAUGCUUUUAAGACAUCAACAGUUCUAAUUAUUGCCCACAGACUGAAUGGACUUCAAAACACUGAUCGAAUUCUCGUCAUCAGUGAUGGUGAGCUUGUUGAAAGCGGCGAAUUCUGGAAUUUAGCAAAAGAUGACACAUCUUAUCUGCAUAAGAUGUUAGAAGAACAAAAGUCCAAUAUAUUUUAA